UCUUCCAAUCCUUUUUAGCUCAUCCCCAUAAAAGAAUAUCACGCUUUUUAUUCCUCUCUUGGGCCCCAACCUCCAAGCUUCAUUUAAUACCCAGAAUCUGCUUUGGCAUCGGCGGUUCAAGCUUCGAGCUCUUGCAGUGCAAGGUUCUUAUCAAAGACAGAACCAUCAGAUUUUGAGAUGGAAGGCUCUAAGAGUUCUGAAUCAGUUAAUGACCAAGGGACUCAGGUGGUGACUCCCUAUUAUACUCCAUACCAAAAGCAGGGAUUGCAGACAUCUGGCCUUCAACCAGUCAAUAUAGACAUAUCUCUAAACUCUGGAGGUGAUAACUCUCUGACUUCUCUGAAGGAGGGCUCUGGAUCCCCCUUCUCCUCAUCCUCAUCGUUAUCCUCAGAAUCCGUAUCUUUUAAUUCAUCUGUAAUCCAUCACCAUGGGUUGCCUGUAAAAUCAGACGACGUCGAAAUUCUUCCCAAAGAGACUAAGCUGAAAGGAGAAUUCAAUGGCAUAGAACGACAGAAUUACAUGGACCAGGAAGAUGACCCAGAUAAUAUAUCGCGGGUGAUAGAGAACAUAACUUAUGAAGAGUUACUUAGAAAAUUUAUUAAAAAUGCGGAGGAGCUGAGAAUUUCAAACUUGAACAUUCAGAUCUCAGAAAAGGAGAUUAUCAAUUUAAAAAAUCAGAUGGAGAAGCACAAGGAUCAGCUUGAUCAUGUUCAAAAUGAAUUGAAAAUGAGGGAGGCUGACCUUGAAUACGAAAGAGGACAGGUAUUGGAGUUGCAAAAACAAACAGCUGCUUUGGAAACCCAUGUUCCAGACUGUUUCAACAAGAUAGCAAAGUUGAUGGAAGAGUUGGAGGUAGCUAGAGAACAGCUCAAAGCAUCAAAUGAUGAGGCUACAAGGUUACAAGGGGAACUAUUGAGUAGGUCAUGUGAUGGUACUCGAGAUUUGCCAAGUCAACUUGAAGCAGCACAUGAAAAUAUAGCCGCGUUAGAAGCCCAGCUUGAUUCAGGGAGAAAGCAAGUUCAAGAGUUAGAAGACAGAAUUACAUGGCACAAAACUAAUGAAACUAAACGCGAGCUUGAGAUGCAAAAGUUGAAGUCUGAAAUGCUGAAUGCCCAGGAACAGAUCUCUUUAGAGAAAAGUCAGCUGCAGUCUGGUAUAGCAACUUUAUCAGAAGAAAAACUACAGAUGGACGAUAGACUCAAGGAAUUGGAAUCAAGAAGCAACAUUUUAGAAAGUAAGUUAGAGGAAUGUGAAGCUGAAAAGUUGAAACUGAGAGAGCUGCAUGCGACGCAGCAGCUGCUAUUGGAAGGUGAAAUCACUCGUUUGAAGGAAGAACUUGGUCAGAACAUAUGUGAUAUAGAGGCUUUGAAUAAGGAGUUCGACAGGUAUAAACAUAAGUAUGACGUGCUCAUGACUGAAAAAGAUGAGGCCAAUGCUAGGAUCCAUAAACUUGAGGCAGAAGUGAGCUUCCGAGAUAAUCAGAUUGAAAAUAAGGAGAGAGAGCUAAGCCAGUUACUAAAGCAACAGGCAGAACUGAGUUCAGAAUCUGAAACUAAAAUGAAUCAAGUAAAUGAGUUGAGGCUGAAAGUAGAAGAGCUGGAGAAAGAGGUGGCUGGACAAAACGCUGAGAUCUCGGACAGAGCGGAGGAAAAGAGGGAGGCAAUACGGCAACUUUGCUUUUCACUGGACCACUAUAGGAGUGGAUAUCAGGAACUCCUUCAAGCAUUUAUUGGACACAAGCGUCGUGCUGUUGUAGCCUCUUCCUGAGUCACAGUUAGUUGCGUGUCAUCAUUGUCAUCAUGUUGUCGAUGCUGAAGCUUUACAUAUCAAUUGUAGCCCAACGUCGUGGAAUGUUUUGUUCCUUUCCUAUAAAAGUAGAUCGGACCGUUUUUUCGGGGGUUUGUGUUCAUUUUUCAUAGCAGAGGUUUCUUGCGUUAACGCAGGCUAUUCAUGUUU